AUGAAACCUCAGAAUCCUGAACACAAAGCCCCAGAGGGCCUCACUGAUAAGUGGCUGCUGAGGGAGGGGUGGAGAACAGCUGGGAGGCCUCCAGGGCCCCGAGAUAAGCCACCUCCUCUCUUCCUGGCUCAGUGUCUCCUGCCCCACUUCUCCGGGCAGCCCAUGGACACUGUGCAGGUGGAGCAGCUGCUGGGGAAGCUGAUGCCCACUCUGGGGCACCUCGAUCAGGAGCUCCUGGCAAGCAGGCCCUUGCUGGCGUCUGGGCAGGUCUCCCUGGCCGAUCUGAUGGCACUCACAGAGCUGAUGCGGGUGAGGUUCUCCUGCCCACUUGCCCUCUGGGGGUCGCUCAGGGCACGGGCUGAGCCCGGCCCCAGCUGCUCUGUCUUCCCAGCCCUCUGCCUUCGGCUGCGACCUCUUCCAAGACUGGCCCCGGCCUGCCACGCGGUGGGCCUGUGUGGAGGCUGCCCUGGGCCUCUAGCUCGUCCAGGAGGCCCAUAG